CGUGCUCUUCUCUUCCGACAACGACGUCAACUAUUACAAAGAAAGAUAGAGAGAGAACACAAAACCUACGAUCUACUUGGAACAUAGUACACGCAUAUACACAUAUUAUACGACGCACACUUAUACAUAUCUUAUAUAUAUAUGUGUAUAUGUAUACGUGUGAACACGGAACGGCAAGAUGACUCUAUCAUCGACUUGACUUCUCAGAACGAUCAUACGAGUUCUUCCUCGACGGUCGUUCUCAUACGUUGCGUUAACGACGAGGAAGACGACGAGGACGAGUAAGAAGAAUCUUGGGGAACAUUCAAGAAGAUCGGAAGAAAUAAUAAGAGAAGGGACAACUACGACAUAUCAAGUGACAAAUAGUAGAAAUAACAGUAGUGGUGUUUCUAAUAAAGACGAUAAACAGACUGAAAGAAGAAGAAUAUCAAAGAAAAAGAGAGAGUGAGUUUUCGCGGUAAUCGAGAGUGAUUUUUUUGUGAAAGACACGUGAGGGAGUGCGCGAUCGAUCGUACUCGUGGGAGGUUGAGGAGAAACGAGUUGGUACGAAGGAGGAAGGUGUUAAGCGAAUGAUCGCGCGCAGCCACGCGGUUUUUGAACUUCUAUAUUUUCUUUUAUCAAACGCAACGUGGAAAAUUACAACGAUUAAAUAACGUGUUAUAUUUAAAUAAGAUAAAGAAAAAAAAGAAGAAGAAUAGUUCGUAUCGUAAGGUGGGGGGAAAAAAAAAAAUCGGUGAACUUAAACCAAAAGAUCGAUAAGAGAAACUCGAUUGGAAGUAAGAAAUCGAAUUUCUGUGAGAGGAGGAGAGUAAAUAAUUAAUAUCUUAAGUAGUUUUUUUGGUUGUUUGUAUUUAUCGGUGAAAAAGUGAAAAUUGAAGAAGGAAGGCUGUUGCCGCAAGAGAGUCCUUACGGCUUCACAACGCGGUCCGACGAGUGGAGCGGUCUCCUGCCCAGCUCCACUAUCGUGGGUGCUGGGGGGUCGCCAUGGCUCGGAUUAGGUGCCGCCGGUGGCACCGGUGCCACCACCGGUGGUGGAAGUCCCGUCGAACUCGACGGACACUGGGGACGAAAGCUUUACGGUGCGAGCGUGGCCCCUCCACCUCAUCAUCACCCACGCGCACCUAUCGUUUUCGCGCCUCAGGACAUGAGACCGAUACUCAAGGAAGAAUCUGUACCACGUACCUGGCCCCAACCCACCAUUGCCGAUAACGGAACGGUAUGCGUCGCUAAGGCGCAUUUCGAGAAACAACCGCCAAGUAAUUUGAGAAAGAGUAAUUUCUUUCAUUUCGUCAUAGCUCUUUUUGAUCGGCACGAUCAACCAAUCGAAAUCGAGAGGACAUCGUUCAUGGGAUUCGUCGAGAAAGACCAGGAAUCUGAGGGCCAAAAGACGAACAAUGGGAUACAAUACAGUCUACAUCUGCUCUAUUCGAACGGAGUGAGGCAGGUGCAAAACAUCUUCGUCAGGCUUAUAGAUUCUGCAACAAAACAGGCUAUCAUGUACGAAGGACAAGAUAAGAAUCCUGAAAUGUGCAGAGUCUUGUUGACGCACGAGGUAAUGUGCAGUCGGUGUUGCGACAAAAAGAGUUGCGGUAAUAGAAACGAAACACCGAGCGAUCCAGUGAUCAUCGAUCGGUUCUUCCUUAAGUUCUUUCUCAAAUGCAACCAGAACUGCCUUAAGAAUGCCGGCAACCCACGCGACAUGAGACGAUUUCAGGUGAUCAUAUCGACGCAAGUCGGAGUGGAAGGUCCAUGGUUAGCGGUCUCCGAUAACAUGUUUGUACACAACAAUAGUAAACACGGACGUAGAGCGAAACGAUUGGACCCCAGUGAUCCUGGCGAGUACAACAGUUUGUAUCAACCUCUACCUCUCCAAACACCCUGUAUAAAGGCGAUAUCACCGAACGAGGGUUGGACGACGGGUGGAGCUACCGUGAUAAUCAUCGGCGAAAACUUUUUCGAUGGGCUUCAAGUUGUCUUCGGAUCUAUGCUGGUUUGGAGUGAGAUAAUUACACCAAGCGCGAUCAAAGUACAGACGCCGCAUAGAGAAAUACCGGGUGUCGUUGAAGUUACGCUAUCUUACAAAAGUAAACAAUUUUGUAAAGGAGCACCUGGCCGAUUCGUUUACGUGUCAUUAAACGAGCCAACGAUCGACUACGGAUUUCAAAGGUUACAAAAAUUAAUUCCAAGACAUCCAGGGGAUCCGGAAAAAUUGCCAAAAGAAAUCAUUUUAAAACGUGCUGCCGAUUUGGCGGAAGCAUUGUACAGUAUGCCAAGGAGCGGAAACGCGGGUAUCACGGGGGCGUCGAGGAGUCCAGGAGCGGGACAUCCACCGGCGCCCCCGACUUCGAGUUCGGCGACAGCGUUCAACUCGUACACAGGACAACUUGCAGUGACGGUGCAAGAAAAUGGUAGUGCUGCCAAGUGGACGGACGACGGUAGUUCCGUGACGACAGGAGCCACGGCAGGUGGCGGAGGGGGCGGUGGGAGCGUAGGGGGCAGCGUAGGUGGUAGCGUCGGGGGUACGAACGACGCUUACAGACAAAGCAGCAGCGCUAGUCCGCGAGGGGUUGUAACCGGUGGUGGUUACUGCGGAAGUUCGGCUAGCACACCGCACAGCCACAGUACCAACGGCAGUUAUUCCGUUGCAAAUCCCUACACUGGAAGUCCGACUUUAUACACAUCACCGCACGAACAAUACGGCAUAUUCUAUACAUCCGGGGACGGGAGUGCAUUCGCCCCUGUAGUACGACCACCGACCACCUCAGUCCCACCGCACUGGUCCACACAGCACCACCUCGCUACAGCCGCCCAGUAACCGCUAACCGUCCACCAUCACCACCACCAUCACCAUCACAACUACCCUACGCGCUGAGAUUAAAGAGUUAUCAGAGAGACAUGCACGAACGACGAGACUCGAGAAUGAUUAGGAGAGGUGGUCGGCUCACCGUUCAACAUGAAUCCAUUUGCGUUGCCAACAUGCAGCCAAGGCUACUCGACCGCCG